AUGGCGGACACCCCAGAACAAGCGCCCGAGCGCGGGAUCGACCAGUCUGAUGUCCUCGAAAAGUACAAGGCCGCCGGCGCCAUAGCGGAUCAGGCCAUGGAUGUUUUGGGAAAGGCCGCCUAUGCUGGGAUGGCCGUACGCACAAUGUGUCAAUUGGGAGACGCGGUGAUUACCAAGACAGCGGCUGGCGUGUACUCCAAGGCGCGGACUGACACCGGAGAAAAGCUUGAGAAGGGAGUGUCGUUCCCGACGUGUGUCUGUAUCAACAAUUGUGCGUCUCAUUUUUGUCCGAUUGAGACUGACCCGGAAGCCGAUACGGUUCUCUCGGGGGGCGACAUCAUCACGGUUCAGCUCGGGGCUCACAUUGAUGGAUAUUCCGCAAUGGCGAGCCAGACGCUGGUCGUGAAGGAAUCCAAGGAGGCACAAGAGCCUCCCGUGGCAACAGGUCGAAAGGCCGACGUUAUCACGGCUGCGUACACUGCUGCUGAGGCGGUGCUGAGACUGAUGCGGCCGGGGAAGAGUAACGAGGAAGUAAGUGAGAUGAUUGGGAGAAUUGCGAAGAUGUACGGGGUGGAACCGCUGGAGGGGACGCUCAGCCACCAGAUGAAGCGGUACGUGAUCGAUGGAUCUAAGGUGAUCAUGAACAAACAGACGCUCGAAGCUCGCGCGGACAAGUGGGAAUUUGAAGCGUAUGAGGUGUAUAACUUGGACAUUGUGAUGUCGACGGGCGAGGGCAAAGCGAUCGAAAGAAACACGCGCGAAACUGUUUAUAAACGACAGGUGGAUGUGGAUUACAAGUUGAAGCUGAAGACGUCGCGGCAAGUAUUCUCGGAAAUCAAUAAGGCUUACCCCGCGUUGCCGUUCACAUUGAGGGCGCUUAGCGACCCGAAGCGUAGCCGGAUGGCGAUGACGGAAAUGGUGAAGCAUAUGUUGGUAGUUCCGUACCCUGUUUUAUACGAAAAGGAUGAUGCAAUCGUGGCGAGAUGUUCAGUGACUGUGCUGGUAACGCCCAACCAAACGAGUGUGGUGAAUAAGAAGAGUAUGCCAGCUGUGGAUUGCAAGAUCAGUAUUGAAGAUGAGGAGGUGAAGGCUCUCCUGGCGACGUCCAUGGACAAGAAGAAGAAAAAGAAGAAAAAGAAGAAGGCGACGAUGGAGGUAGAUGGGGAGGCGAUGGAAAGUUGAAAAAAGUAAAAAUGUAAGGUUGUUGAGUAUUAUUUGGCGUUA